UCUGGAACUGCGGGUGUGACGGCCGCGGCGGCUUGAAGGCAUGGGGAGAGCUGCUUGGUUAUAGUCUGCACUCCGGGAUGUGCAGGCCGGGAGCUUCAUGCAGGCUGAUGGGGAGAAGGAGAAGCCUGUGAAACGGGGUGACGGCGGAGACCAGCCCGGGCGGGGACCGGGACUGGAAAAGAGCCUGAGCAGCCGGCUGGUCCGGCGGCUGGGCUGGGGAGGGGGUCGCGGGAGCUGAGACUCAAACGCCCAGCAGCGUCUGCCUGGGCUGGAGUGGCUAGGGGAACGGUCUUCUUUACAUUAUCCAAGAGAGCUGGAGUGGGAAGAGUGAAGUUUGGAGGAAAGGGGAUCAUUGCAAGUGACCGGAAGUGGUGAGAAGCUGAAAAUAGGCGUUGGUGCAAGGAACUGAAAGGAUCAAGGGAGAAAGAAGGGAGGUCGUGUAAGUAGCGGAAAGGAUUUGGUAUUCAGAAAGAAGGUAGGUGUAAGUGAAAGAAGAGUGAAGUGUGGCUGGAUCAAGAAGCCAGUUGAAGAGAGUUUGUGUAAGUGGAUAGAGGAUCGAGGAAAAGCCGUGGAAGUGGCCGGGGCCCAGGGCUGGAGGAGUGCCAAAGGUGGCCGGAAGGCUGCGGAGCGGAGCUCAAACCUGAGAGUGUUUGGAAAUUGGAAGACUUGGUGGCGAACGAGAAUCAGGAACCUGCCUCAAAGAGUGGGCGACGUAUCCGGGAUGUGGGAUAAGAGGCUGGUCAGAUUGGCCUUGUUGCAGCAGCUUCGGGCUGUUUACGGCAUUAAGGUCAAGGGUGGACGUGGGCAGUGUGAGCGCAGGAGACAAGAAACAGCAGCCACGGAAGUAGAGGGUAAAAUAUUUGGAGUACCUUUUAAUGCAUUGCCCCAUUCCGUUGUACCAGAAUAUGGACACAUUCCAAGCUUUCUUGUUGAUGCCUGCACAUCUUUACAAGAGCAUAUUCAGACAGAAGGACUUUUUAGGAAAUCAGGAUCUGUUAUUCGUCUCAAGGCACUAAAGAAUAAACUGGAUCAUGGUGAAGGUUGCCUGUCUUCUGCACUUCCUUGUGACAUUGCAGGACUUCUUAAACAAUUCUUUAGGGAAUUGCCAGAGCCAGUUCUCCCUGUUGAUUUGCAUGAAGCGCUUUUCAAAGCUCAACAGUUAGGAACAGAGGAGAAGAAUAAAGCUACACUGUUGCUCUCCUGUCUUAUGGCUGAUCAUACAAUUGAUUUAUUAAGAUACUUCUUUAACUUUCUCAGGAAUGUUUCUCUAAGAUCCAGGGAGAAUAAGAUGGAUAGUAGCAAUCUGGCAGUAAUAUUUGCACCAAAUCUUCUCCAGACAAGUGAAGGACAUGAAAAGAUGUCUGCUAACACAGAAAAAAGACUGAGAUUGCAGGCUGCAGUAGUACAAACCCUUAUUGACUAUGCAUCAGAUAUUGGGCGUGUACCAGGUUUUAUCCUGGAAAAGAUACCAGCUAUGUUGGGCAUUGAUGGUCUCUGUGCUACUCCAUCACUGGAAGGCUUUGAAGAGGGUGAAUAUGAAACUCCUGGUGAAUAUAAGAAAAGGCGAAGACAAAGUGUUGGAAAUUUUGUUAAUGGAGCACUGAAUAAAUUGAAAUCUAACAGAACACCCUGUAUUACCCCUCAGCAGGAUAGAACUGCUCAACUGUCUGUAUCACCAGUGAUUCUUACACCAAAUGCUAAGCGUAAACUGCCAGUAGAUUCUUCUCAUGGUUUCUCAAGUAAGAAAAGGAAGUCCAUCAAACACAAUUUUAACUUUGAUCUGUUGCCAAAUAAUCUCUUCAAUGGCAGUUCCACACCAGUACCAGUUCACUUUGAUGCAAGCCCAGAAGUGUCAUCUCAGAGUUCACUCUCUCCCAUAGCCAUCAGUGGAAACCAUUUGACCAGCACAGAUGUGCUAAGGCGAAGUAAAAGGAUUGCAGGCAAAAAAGUCUGCAGGGUGGAAUCAGGAAAAGCAGGCUGCUUCUCUCCUAAAAUCAGCCGUAAAGAAAAGGUUAGAAGAUCUCUUCGUUUGAAAUUUAGUCUGGGGAAAAAUAGCAGAGAUGGAAAUGGAUGUUCUGGUGUCAAUAGAUAUGAAAAUGUUGGUCGGAGACUUGCAAAUCAACAAAAUUUAGAAAAUAGGAUUGAAUCUGUAAAAACAGGCCUACUUUUUAGCCCAGAUAUAGAUGAAAGAUUACCAAAGAAAGGUUCAAAAAAGAUCAGUAAGUCUGAGGAAAACUUAUUAACUCCUGAGCGACUAAAUGAAACAAAUUACCAGAUGUCUUGGACAGGACCUAGUAAUUCAAGUUUUCAAGAAAUGGAUGCAAAUGAAGCUUCUCCAAUAAUGGGAAAUCUUGAGAAAGUACGUCAAAAGAUUCCUCUAUUUCACAUAUGAAGUCAGUUCCUAAAGAUCAGAGGUCUACAUUACGUGAACAGUCUGUCAUUGGUGAAAUUUCAAAAUCAAGCGUGGAGUUAACCUCUACAUCUUCCUUAAAGAAGAAGAGGCACCCAGGUUCUGUGAAU